UUAUCACUCCCAAGCGUCGCCUUCCACGACUCGGAGUCGAUGGUUACCGAAAUAGCAGAUAACAGCGCCAAAUGGAAUACAGGUGUCGCCAAAAAUAUGUUGGGGUUGGCAUAUCGAUGCAUGUCUAAUGAACAAAGCGGUCAGCAGACACGUCCGCGGUUCUACGAGAUCGCGCUGGAGCUGAGGCGUCUUGCGGAUAUUGCUGAUGAU